CCAAUUCUAGUUGACUUCAAGCUCUCGGUUCAGAGAAUUAGAAAAAAAGAAAGAAAGGGGGACAGAGGUGAGAAGGAUGAUGAUGGCCUUAUCUACUUUCAUCUCCUCAUCGCCUAAUCUAUCUUUCCCUAAGAGAAGCCCAAGCGCACAACCCUUUCGCUGCUCUUCCUCGCUCGCGAUGUCUUCGCCAAAAUUUGAUCUUCGUACCUACUGGACAAGCUUAAUCGCGGAGAUAAAUCAGAAGCUCGACGAAGCGAUCCCUACUCGAUACCCGGAACAGAUCUACGAGGCUAUGCGCUACUCGGUCCUCACCGAAGGUGCUAAACGCGCUCCUCCCGUCAUGUGCGUCGCUGUCUGCGAACUCUUUGGAGGCGAUCGUCGUGCAGCCUUCCCCACUGCCUGCGCCCUUGAGAUGGUUCACGCUGCUUCCCUGAUCCACGACGACUUGCCGUGCAUGGACGAUGAUCUAGUCCGCCGAGGCAGGCUAAGCAACCACGCAGUUUACGGCGUUGACAUGGCCAUCCUCGCAGGCGACGCUCUAUUCCCGCUGGGCUUUCGCCACAUCGUUUCUCACACCCCGUUGGACCUUGUCCCAGAGACCCGUCUCAUCCGGGUGGUGGCCGAGAUAGCCCGUGCCGUUGGAUCCACCGGAAUGGCAGCGGGUCAGUUUUUAGAUCUGAAAGGUGAAGACGCCGCCGUCGAAUUCGUUCAUGAGAAGAAGUUCGGGGAGAUGGCUGAGUGCUCCGCUGUGUGCGGAGCGUUAUUGGGCGGGGCCGCAGAAGAUGAGAUCGAGAGGCUGAGGAGGUACGGUCGUGCUGUCGGAGUUCUUUAUCAAGUGGUGGACGACGUGUUGGAAGAGAAGACGAACAGGGAAGAGGGUCAAGAAUGGAAGAAGCGGGGGAAGAGCUACGCCGGUGUGUUUGGGACGGAGAGGGCUUUAGAACUGGCCGAAGAACUUCGAAGCAGGGCUAAACGGGAGCUUGAUGGGCUUGCCAAGUAUGGAGAGGGCGUGACACCGCUUUAUAGUUUCCUCGAUUAUGCGGUGGAUAGAAAUUUUGCCAUUGGUAUUGAUAAAGCAUCGUCUUCUUCCUAG